CAGCGCAGCGCAGCGCCGCGCAGGGCUGUGUUGGCGCGGGCGGGACGGAGCCGGGACCGCACUUGUGCUGCUGCUGCUGCUGCUGGCAGGUUACAUGAUGGAAUGUCGUCAUUUUCCCCCAAAAAUUGCCAUUCUGGAUCAGUCUCAAUGAAUUUUCCUUGAAUUUGAAACUUCUUCGGACUCCCUUUUAAGUGUGAUUCUGAGACGUUUAACCCAUAGGGUCUGUACAAUGGACCGGAAGGAAAGCUGCCCAAGUGUGAGCAUCCCCAGCUCUGAUGAGCACAGAGAAAAAAAGAAGAGAUUUACUGUAUAUAAAGUGUUAGUCACAGUUGGCAGAAAUGAAUGGUUUGUCUUCAGGAGAUAUGCGGAAUUUGAUAAACUUUACAACACACUAAAGAAACAGUUUCCAACUAUGGCCCUCAAGAUUCCUGCCAAAAGAAUAUUUGGAGACAAUUUUGAUCCAGAUUUUAUUAAACAGAGAAGAGCAGGACUGAAUGAAUUCAUUCAGAAUUUAGUUAGACAUCCUGAGCUAUGCAACCACCCUGAUGUCAGAGCUUUCCUUCAAAUGGAUAGUCCGAAACAUCUGUCAGAUCCAUCUGAGGAUGAGGAUGAAAGAAGUACUCAGAAGUUACACUCUACCUCACAGAACAUCAACUUGGGACCAUCUGGAAAUCCUCAUGCUAAGCCUACAGACUUUGAUUUCUUAAAAGUUAUUGGAAAAGGCAGCUUUGGCAAGGUACUUCUUGCAAAACGGAAACUGGAUGGAAAAUUUUAUGCUGUCAAAGUGUUGCAGAAAAAAAUUGUCCUCAACAGGAAAGAGCAAAAACAUAUUAUGGCUGAACGUAAUGUGCUCUUGCAAAAUGUGAAACAUCCAUUUUUGGUUGGAUUACAUUAUUCAUUUCAAACAACAGAAAAACUUUAUUUUGUUUUGGAUUUUGUUAAUGGAGGAGAGCUGUUCUUUCAUUUACAAAGAGAACGCUCCUUUCCUGAACACAGAGCUAGGUUUUAUGCUGCUGAAAUAGCCAGUGCAUUAGGCUAUUUGCACUCCAUAAAAAUUGUAUACAGAGACUUGAAACCAGAAAAUAUUCUUCUGGACUCACUGGGGCAUGUGGUUUUAACAGAUUUUGGACUCUGUAAAGAAGGGAUUGCUAUUUCUGACACCACAACAACCUUUUGUGGAACACCAGAGUACCUUGCCCCUGAAGUAAUCCGAAAACAGCCCUAUGACAAUACAGUAGAUUGGUGGUGUCUUGGCGCUGUUCUGUAUGAGAUGCUGUAUGGAUUGCCUCCUUUUUACUGCCGGGAUGUUGCUGAGAUGUAUGAAAACAUUCUUCACAAGCCCCUAAAUCUGAGGGCAGGAGUGAGUCUUACCGCCUGGUCCAUUUUGGAAGAGCUUUUAGAAAAAGAUAGGCAAAAUCGACUUGGAGCUAAAGAAGACUUUGUUGAAAUUCAGAAUCAUCCCUUCUUUGAAUCACUCAGUUGGACUGAUUUGGUACAGAAGAAGAUUCCACCACCAUUUAAUCCAAAUGUGGUUGGACCAGAUGAUAUCAGGAACUUUGAUGCAACAUUUACUGAAGAAAUGGUUCCAUACUCUGUCUGUGUGUCCUCUGACUAUUCAAUAGUAAAUGCCAGUGUACUGGAAGCAGAUGAUGCAUUUGUUGGUUUCUCUUAUGCACCCCCUUCUGAAGACUUAUUUUUGUAGGUCACUUGCCAUUCAGCAAACACUGAAUAAGUACUAGCCUAAGGAUGGGACUGAAAUUCCUCAGAGGGUGUGAACUUUUUCAAAAAUGUCUUUCUAGUGCCUCAUUUUUAUAUGUCAAGUUGGAAAUGUGGAAGAAGGGUUUUUUUUGGGGCUGGGAGGGAUCUGCUGUAUGUAGGGAAAUAAGGCAUUUGAGAGAGCUAUGUUUGGGAUUUAAACUUUAUUACUUCUUUGUAAAAUUAUUUUUAAAUGAAGACUUUAAAAGUGUACUAUUCUUUACAUUAAUCUGUUUUUAAGCAAAAAUAUUUUGCUUUAGACUGUUUUCCCCUUCUAGGUUUACAGUAUUACCUACCCAGGAUUGGCUGUCUUUAACAAGUUGCACAAUUGAGUACGUUAAUGCCUUUAUCACUGUAGUAACUUUGUGCUUAAAUCAUAACUAUGCAAUUGUCUUUUUUGUAGGUUGCAGUUUAUAAAGAGGAUAAUUUUUUCAUGUCAAAUCAUUUAUAAGCAUUCAUUACUUGACAGUAUUAAAAGGAAAGAGAAAGUGCUCAACUCCCCAUUUAGUUUUAAAACUUUGAAUAACCUUUCAUUCUGCAGAUCUGUAAGUGGUUGGGAAUAUAAAUUCUAGGUUGUUAACACACUGUAGCUCACAUUGGUAAAAUGAACUUUUCUUUCUAGGGAAAGGGAAAUUGAAAAGCAUUUUGAUUUGGUGUGAAGAAUCUCCCAAAAUUUAAAGGGCUAAUGUAUGAUGAUUGCCAAGCACUAGUUUUGAUAUCAUAUCUAGAACAAAUUCUAGUUAAUUUUUUUCUUCUGACUCUUUAUAUGCCCCCCUUUUGUAUAUGUCCCUAAGCACAGCAGUUAGGUAGUGGGGAGAGCAUCAUCCUAAUAUUCUUAGCCACCAUAUGAAAAUGCCUGUUAUGCAUUUUAAAUUAUUUUUGUCUAGAGGCACUGGACUUGCUUAAUUGAGUCUCAGACCAGCACCCCAGAUAACUAUUAAAGCAGUGCAAACUAUGUAAUUUCACAAAAUAGUAUAAAUCCCAAGAAAUGUAUGAAAGUCACGUAAAGCACAUGUAUGGGUAAAUACCUAAACACACACUAGUUUUUCUUCUAUAUUUCUUGGAAAAAUCAUAACAUAGUUGAUCUUAAAAUCUUGGCAAAGGCAUUGAAAUUAUUUUUACCAUUAGUAUUUUCAGUACAGAAACUAACUGCAGGCUUAGGAGAAUUAGAAGCUUGGAUUCCUAUUCCUUGAUUUCGAAUUGAAAUGUACAAAUUUUUACAAGACCUGGUGGUUCUGUGUUGCAAAAGAGCAUCCUUAAUUAAUUCAAAUUCUCCCUAAUUGCUGCCUUGGAAUUUUAAUCAUUAAUAAUCCAAAUUACCAAAUCUCUGUCCAAAGAAAAAAAAACCCAGUUCUGCAGAAUGUUGGGGAAAAAAGCAAAGCCUAUUUUGCACAAAUUAGUGAUACAGCUACAUCUUGAAAGAGUUGCUUCCAAUUACAGAAUAAUUUUAUAAAAAGGAGUAAUGUUUUAAUACCUACACUGUCUGUAAAUAUCUGAGUUUGCCUGGCACUACUGUAAAUGCUGCUUUUAUAUAAAAGCUUUUUGCUUAUUGUAGAUCAAAAUGGAUACUGUUACUACCUGCAGGAUUUGUUUUGACUUGCUACUCUUUAACUGAACUGCCAAAAAUGAAAGUGCAAUAUAUGUAGUUUUGAUAGCAGCUGUGAAAAUUAGUUUGUAAUAUAAUGAAACUAAAAAUAAGAAUAAUGCUAACUUAUAGCUGAACAGAAAUGAAUGGUUAUUGUAGCAUUUCUAGUAAAAUGUUUGCAAAAAGUAACAUCUUUACAACUAAUAUAUCCUUAGACUACUCUUAGUAGACAUUAUUAGAUCAUCAUUGGUCAAUAUUCUUAAGAUGCAGAGAGAAGUCUCUUCAUGUUUCAGGGAGGACCCCCCUCACCCAUCUCUCAAGAGCCCUGUGUAUUUGUGUUAAGACACCUUUAGUUGUUUGUGCCUUUUGAAUAGGUGACUUAUUUAAUAUUUGUUUUUUACCAAGUUAAACUAAGGAAUUAAUUGAAAAUUCACUAACAUUCCUUCUGGGUAUUUGUUGGGUGAAUGUGUUUUUGUGAUAUCUUCUUUUUUUCCUUCACUGUACUCUGCUAUUUCUCUUUAUCCCCUUAUUAGGUUAAUGCCUAUAUCAUGUCAUAGUCAUUCCUUUUUUCACAAUCAUUUCCAGAACUCCAAAAAGUAUUACAGAACUUUGAAAAACAUCUUUUUGAGAAGUGUGUACUGUUUUGCAUAUGCAUUUAGGGAAAUUUUUAUUAUUACUGUAGAAAUGCUUAUAAUAUUGUGAGUCAAACACAUAGAUGCCCACUCAACUCUUGGUUCAUUAAACUCUGGGUGGAGAAUGUAAAGAUCUGUACUUAAGGAGACCAAAGAUCUGUCACUUGGUCAAAGGAAGAAUUUAUAAUCUGUUAUAGAGUACUGGAUUUUGUGAAUGUUAGGCUCCCAUAGUGGUCCUUAACUCAGACUUGUCGGAGUACAUAGGGUCUACACAUUACACAUUUCCCUGGUCUAUUCUUCCUUCCUUUUCCUUCCUAGCCAGUUGGACUCAAGGAAAUACAGAUCUUCACCUCCCUCAGCCACUGCUGCCAGUAUAUUUGUAUGAAAAAGCACCAGAGAAUAUUGGGGUAGGUGAGGAGGUAUAGUUCACCUAUCGAUUACAAAAAAUAAAGCAUCAUUUUUAAUAUUGCAACUGAAGAAAGUCCUACAUUUUCCAUUUUCUUUUUGAUGAGUAUGAAGUGUAGGUUAUUGCUGCAUGGCUUUCAGUUUGUGUUCAUCAAAUUUCAAGUCCUUUUUCUCAGAGUAGGACAGCAUAAUCAUUCCAUAACAAUUAGUUGGGAUGCCACAAAAUUCUUUUAUUAGCUGAUUUCAAAUAUAUUAUUGUAGCUUUUCUAUAAUUCAGUCAAAGAUAAGAAAUAGAAAAAAAUGUGAUAGAAGCAGGAUUUUUUCUUUGAUGAGUUUGAAUGAUCUGAGAAAGAAGUCAACUGCUCUUAGACGUAUUUAAUGCUUUCAGGCCUUUAGAGCAGUAUUUACUGCAUUGAAAGAGAUGAUUUACCCAUGUGGAUUUUAGUGAUGUGAAACGUCUAUGUUAAUUCUCCCCCCCGCCCAAAAAAAUAAUAAUAAUGAGCAGUUGGUUUGUUUCCUACAGAAGUAGUCACAUUUUUCAUGUCUUUCAUAAAGUGGUGGCUUUUCUAUGUAUAAAUUAUAUCCUUAGAUUUGUAAAAAUGUACCUUUUCUGAAAAAUCAGCGUAUUUGCUCAUCAUGAAGUUAAGGUUUUUAGUUUGUUAAUCCUAAAAAUGGCUCAGUAAAGAAAAAUUGCUUGGGUAUGUCUGUCUUUUGUAUGCUGAUCAUGUUAAAAUCAAAAGGUUAUAUACUGAAAAAUUGGGUCAUUUAAGUUAUUUUAAUCUUGAAUUUUUGUUUGUAUUUACUUGUUUCUCAAUAGAAGCUAAUAGCUGAGUGUAAUUGGAGUAAAUUAGAGGGUUUUUUGGGAUCACAUCCUAAUAAUAUUUAAUUGGUGCAAAAGAUAAAAUUAUAUCGAUUUUACAGUGGCCUUUCAUGAAAACAUUUCAAUUGCAUUACUUUCUCUGAUAUUCCCUAGUCAGCUGUGUACAGUAGUGCAAUGAUUUGGUUUGAAUGAAACUUAAUUCCCCAGUUAAAAAACGUUUUAUAAUACAGUUCAAUGUGAUACUCACACUUAACAAAUCAGCAUAAUAAAUAUUGUAUUUCAGCAGUAGGUACUGUGGAUGUAUAUAUGAUAUGCAUUUGGUUUUUGUAUAAUUUCUAUGCCUAAUAUAAGUAAAUAAACGCUUGAUAAUUUUCAAAUUUUU